AUGAAGGUUUCUUACUUCAACGUCCGCGGACUCGGUGAAAUGAUCCGACUAUUACUGACUGAUAAACAGAUUUCUUUUGAGGAUGAAAAGUUCACCAAGGAUGAAUGGCAGAACAUCAAGCCGAAAAUGGUGUUUUUUUGUGAAAAGAAGGUAUUUUAAAACAAUUUUUUUUAGCAAUUUGGCCAAGUUCCUUGCCUUUCCUUCGAGGACGAGCAAAUCGUUCAAACUGGAGCUAUCAUGCGUCAUUUGGGCCGUGUUCAUGGUUUUUAACAGUUUGGAACGAUUAAAAAAAUUUUUUUUAAGGCUUGAAUGGUCAAAACGAACAAGAAACAACCUUCAUCGACAUGUUCUUCGAGGGAAUUCGCGACUUGCAUUCGAAGUACACGACAAUGAUCUACCAAAAUUAUGUAAGUCUAGAAAAACACCGUAAUGUUAUUUCAACUCUUUUUGUUAUAGGAAAACGGAAAGGAGCCGUUCCUCAAGGACGUGCUCCCCGUUGAGCUUGAAAAGUUGGAGAAGCUGUUCAAGACUUACGGAAACGGUGACGCGUUUGUCGCUGGAGCCAAGGUACACCGAAAAAUUAAGAAAUUAGAAUCAGAAUAAACAUUUUCAAGGAGAGCUACGCCGACUACGCUCUUUUCGAAGAAAUCGACGUUCUUCUCGUUCUGAGUCAAUCGGCUCUUGAUCAUUUCCCAAAACUGAAGAACUUCCAUUAUCGAUUCUCUCAAAGGCCUAAUCUCAAGGUUUAAAUUUUGAAAAAAUCAAUAAAAACGAUAUAGCGAGAUAGAGUAAUACAGACAGCUUAGAUUCCUAUAAUGUGAAAAAUAACAUUAAACUUUCUUAGUUAUUGAUAUCUUAUGAUUUCAGAUAUUUCAACUACACUUGGAUGAAAAAUAAUUGAAUAUACCUUCAUUGGUUUUAGGGGUCACUAAAAAUUCUAAAACUUCACAUGAACUCUUAGACAAUAUUUUUCAGCUUCUAGGGGUCCAAGUGAAGAUAAUCAUUGAAAUUUCAAUGCAUCGGCCCGUUUUAUUUUCGCUAUCCGUUCCAAGACCAUUUUUUCAGGCCUACCUGUCCAAACGGGCUUCUCUGAACGUUCCAAUCAACGGCAAUGGAAAACAAUAA